GCUUGUCAUAGAACCCGGGAAAUAUUUGAAAUAUUUCAAGAAAAUAAAUUCUAUUUCGUAAAUAUUAAUUAAAAUAUCACAGUGGACUUUAUGUACUAUAAAACUAUAUAAUACAUGUUAUACAUAAAGUAUUAUUAUAAUAAAAUAUCCUGAAGCACUCAUAAAAAAUACUUUUUACAAGAGUAUUUACUAUCAACUUUUAUGCUGUAAAUUCAUGAAUGAUGAAAUGUUUAUCCAAUUACGGUACAAAAAUUGUAAAGUUUGUUUAGUACUAAUGAAAACGUAGUGAAACUUAUAAUUUGCGGCCUUAAUUCUUGUUGUGUUGAAGUGAAUGAAUUUAUUAAUUUUGAGGUUAUUUCAUGCUUAUUUACAUAACUGAUAUUUAUGUUUCUGGUUGGGUUUUUUAAAUAAAUAAGAUGGCAGAACUGAAAACGGCAAAAUCUUUGAAAUCUGUUUAUGUUCCGCCGCUGUUUGCUGGUGCAUUGGCUGGGCUAUCAGUAGAUGUGGCCCUGUACCCUCUCGAUACGUUAAAGACCAGGCUGCAGAGUUCUCAGGGCUUCCAGAAAGCCGGAGGAUUCACAGGAGUCUACAGAGGUCUAUUAACAGUAGCGACAAGUUCUAUGCCCACAACAGCCCUCUUCUUCGGUUCCUAUGAAGCUACCAAGUAUGUGUGCCUGCCUCUCGUGUCUCCACAGUAUGCCCCAUUGGUGCAUAUGUUUGCUGCCAGCAUCGGUGAAGUAUUGGCGUGCCUCAUCAGAGUCCCGACAGAGAUAGCCAAGCAGAGGAAGCAGACGUUCGUCGGCUCUCAGACGAGGAGCAGUAUAUCUAUAUUGAUGAAUGCGUACCGCGCGGAGGGCAUGUUCCGCGGCGUGUACCGCGGGUUCGGGUCCACGGUGCUGCGCGACCUGCCCUUCAGCUUCAUCGAGCUUCCCGUCUGGGAGCUGCUCAAGACCUGGGUCCGGAACCAUCGCGACGGGGAGAUCACCUCCAUACAGAGCGCGUUAUGCGGGUCAGUAGCGGGCGGGUUCGCGGCGGCCGUGACCACGCCGCUCGACCUCGCCAAGACACGCAUCAUGCUGGCUGAGGACUACACCGUGACCCGCAAACUCCGCAUCCGGCCAGUCCUGACCAACAUCUACGUGGAGUCAGGGCUGCGCGGGCUGUUCGCGGGCGUCACGCCGCGCAUGACGGGCUUCAUGCUCGGCGGGUUCGUGUUCUUCGGGGUCUACGACGACUCCAAGAAGUACAUCGAGAGGUAUCUGGAGGGGAGGUAACGGGGGGGGGGGAUCUUACUGCAGGGUAAUAAGGUAGGUUAAUGUGCUAACACGAGCAGUUGUUGUUAUUGUCAGUCAUUUGUGGAUGUAUUGAGGAAUAGGUGCGAGUGUGAACCAAUAUUUUUGACUUGUAGGUUCACAAGGUAGCUUUCACAACAGGUUCACUUGUAUUGUAAAAAUGCUACUUUUUGGCCUUUUUUUAGUCAAAAAAUCACAAGUCUUCAGAAGUAGCAACUGUUCUGAACGAUGUAUUCUAUACUAUGCUAUGAACAAAUUCCUCAGUCUCAAUUUCCAAUCUUUUUAAAUAUAUGUUGACAAUACUUUUCUGACACCGGCAAAA